GAGAAGUUCAUUAACCACGCAAAGAUUUGUUCUUCUUGGGACGUAACCGCUAUGGUACAAAAAAUAUUUACAUUUAAUAAGCUAACUGAAAGCUGAGGUGGUGAGUGGGUUUAAUAUAAAUAAUGACAUUCAUGAAUAUCAUGAGUAAAAACAUACUCCAGCAGGAGUUGCACCAACAACACAUGAAGUCCAAGAACGAAGCUCAGCUGCAAAGAUAAGAAUAAUGAAUAAAGAUUAAAAAGAAGAGGCUUUUAUUGACAUAAUCUGGUGAAAAAGCUUCUUUCUCUUCUUUUACGUUGGGUGCAGCCGUCUCUGGUUCACCACAUUUCUUCUCUGGUAGACCAUGGUUCUCCACUAUCCUUCCAGUCUGUAAUAAAGUUCUUAAGCCAGUUUCAGUAGUUUCUAGAUGUUUCCUCUGCUUGAUGCAGCCAAUGAUUUGACCUUUCUCCACCAGAUUAACAUCUUCUCCUCCACCACGGGAUGUGGAGGAGUUGAGAAGCUCCUCAUUGUUCAAGAUAAUCACCGUGAACUAGUGAUCCACCAGGAGGCUCUGAACUGUUUGACCAGUUAAAUGUAUAUAAAGACUCAGACUUCAGGCUGUACCUCCUGAUCUGAAGGAGCGGUUGGAUGAAGCUCUGGAGAUUGACAGGAUCAGCCACUGAGAACUUGUUUUGGAGUUACACGAGGCAGACUUGGGCUAAAUGCAGCCCCUCGUAUCUUUCAUCUUAAGGUCUGGAUCUCUUAUAAUGUGGAUUCCCUGUAUGUGUUUCAUUAGUUUGGAUGUUAUAAUCUCAUUUUUAUGACAUGUCAGAGGAUGUCUACACCAAAAACCAAAACAACACCAGUAUCGUACAUGUCUUAAAGCAAUCAAUAAAAAUCUAAAUGACAAAAGAAUUAUUGUGAUUUGUGCCUCUGGUUGGGGGAGGACUGUCAGGUAUUUAUUCCCCCAUCAUGAAACCAGUUAAUUAUACAGAGCAAGCGACUGGUGUAUUGACCAAGAAAUGAAUGAAUUAUUGGUGGAAACGAGUCAUUCUUGUCCAGAUAUUAACAGAAUUUAAACCUGUAGGUGAUUACAAAUGAAAAAGGGUUCCGUUUACAUAAGGCCUGCAGUGGAUGGAUAUCUCCUGGAGUUACCAUGGCGACAGCAUCACUUGUGCAGGAAUGUCACAUGUGUCCCGGUAAACGUGUUUUCCUCUGCAGCACUGCGGAGCUGAAGGGGGGAGGGAGGGGAGGAGGGAGUGAAUGGGAGGUUGUUUUGAUCCUUUGCUCCAGUUAUGAAUAAAUAAAUAACUAAAUAAAUCAAAUGUAUUCGCGUUUAAAGCUCCGGUGCAUCCUCCUCCUUCACCUCCUCCGUUCAUCCCGCUCCUCUUGUGUAACCCGCUGCCGCAGUGAAGGAAACCCCGUCCGUCUACGUCGCUCUCCGGCCUGUCCUUGUAUGGUGCGGGGGGUGGGGAUAGAGGAGGAGAGGGGGGAGGGGAGGGGAGGGAAACCCGCCGUCAUGUCCGGAUGCUGGUGCCCAUGUUUGGGCAUCUACGAAGCGCGCGGCGGGGGGAAUCCCUCGCUUCGCUCUCCACCAAUGAAGCAGCGAAUGGAGUUACCUUGGAGACGGAGGGUAUAAAAGAGCAGAGAGCUCAGCAUCCUCCAGUAUCUUCAGCAUCCUCAGCUUCCUCCAGCAUCACCGGUUGGACUAACUCUGACUACCGGGACACCAGCGACUCCGGUGACGGAUUAAUCAAAGGACACUAGGAGGACAGGGAGGGAAUCCCCGGUUCAUCCAACAACCACGUUAGUCUGAGGACACCAGCUUCUUUUCUGCAACAACACCAUCAUUAACAAGAUUAAUAAAAUGCUUCUGGAGCGCGAGGACAGCUUCUUGUCUGAGUUUGAGGACGCGUGCAGCGCGUGGGUGGACAGUGUGGGCUCGAGCCCCAGCGACGGAGCGUGCGUGGACUCUGACGUGGGGUCCCCGUUCAGCCAAGUCUUCUCUCCGGGAACUGACGCCUCUGACUCAGACUUCUUCUCCGACUUCAGCGACUGCUCCUCGGACACCCUCUCGCCCUCCCUCGGCUAUAACGGCAGCUUCUUCCCAGAGCCGGACGCUCCUUCCGUGGCAGGGGGGCAGCUGAGCAGCACCGCGGACGCCAUCCUCAACAUGAUCACGGAGAUCGUGGGGAUUUGCACGGAGAUGGAGAUGGAGCAGGAGCAGCAGGGCGGGAGCAGCCUUUCCUCCCCGGCUGCAGCCUCCGGCUCCCCGCAGCUCCUCGACCCAAGCAUCCCUCCCCCCGCCUCCACCUCCGCCUCUGUCCCGGUGGUGGUUGUGAAGAGUGAGUUCGUGACCUCCAGCUGCAGCAGCGGGUGUGGACAAUCCUCCUCGGCCGGGAAUGAUGCGCUGUUCCCGGCCGACUCCCUCCUCCCACUCUCGGCUCUGGAGCAACAGGUGGAUGUUUCUGACUUCAUCGAUUCGCUCCUGAGCUCCGAGGCCGGGCAGAGCGACCUGAAUCCCGGCUGUGAGGUGAAACAGGAGCCACUGGGGCUGGAGGACUGGAUGAAGAGUUUAACGGCGGCGGCUCCGGUUACCGGAGGAGACCCCGGUAGCUACGUCAUCAGCAGACCGGGGGUCAAAGCGGAGCUCGUGCAGGGCGCGUGCCCCCCCUCCACCCUGGACGCGCACCUGCUCUCCUCCAUCCUGCAGGGCGCAUUCCCGAUGGUGAACCUCACUGGCGUGCACGCGGCCGGAGCUCCCAAAGUGUCACGCGGUGGCAGAAGAUCUCCCGCUAAGAACGCGCCCAAAGUGAAGCCGUUCUCGUGCACCGUGCAGGGAUGCGAGCGGCGCUUCUCGCGCUCCGACGAACUCAACAGGCACGUGCGCAUACACACGGGCCAGAAGCCGUUCCAGUGCGUCAUCUGCGCACGAAGCUUCAGCCGCAGCGACCACCUGACCACGCACACGCGCACGCACACCGGGGAGAAGCCUUUCUCGUGCGACGUGUGCGGCAAGAGGUUCGCGCGCAGCGACGAGCGGAAGAGGCACGGGCGCGUGCACAUCAAGCAGCAGUUUCGCGCGCAGAUGAUGGCCGCCUACUCCUUGGCCAUGAACGCGCCUGGUGUGUAAAUUCGCUUGGAUUUGGAUUUGAACCGUCAACCGGAAACGUUUCCUUGUGACGUCACACCGAAGGCUGUUUUAGCUGACGCGGGGAUGAGGACCCGUCACGGGGGUCCAGGUGCUCAGAGGUCCUCUCAGGGCGCGCAUGCGUGGCUGCGAUGCUCUGGUUUAGCUGUCAGUCAUCCGGUGCUCCCACGUGGGGGCGUGGACUCUCGAGGAGCAGGUGCGUGUUUACCUGUGGAAACGUGACGUCUCGUGCAUGAAGACGUGGACGUGUUUCUAUGUUUGUGAGACGUCUCUAAUUUUUCCAGAUGGCUCGUCUGUCCGUUUCCACGGUUACGAGGACAAGUGUCUGCAGAGACACUGACUGGACUGAGGCCGAGGCCGCACUGGUGCUUUGUGGGAUAUGUGUCCCGUGGAAAAGACAAUGUUUACUGCAUGAAGGCUGCUGUCAAUAAACAAACAAACAAACAAACA